AUGCGCACGUCGAGGCGGUCUGCGCCCACAAGUGCAUUUGGAAUGCGCUCACCCACGCGGCCCUCGAGAGGAAGCGACGGUAAUCGCCCACCCAACCGCGAUGCUCAUACGCCAAUCGAUAUACACGCGAGUUCGUCAGACGAAGACACAGCACUUUCUCGCCGAAGGUUGUUGACGUUGUAUGAUGAUCCCGUUCACUUUAGACAUAUUCUGCAGCUACAAAAUGUCAAAAACAGAGGGUGGGAGUACAAGACAGCCAUAGUGAAGCAACGGCGAACGCGAAAUUUUCGUGCUGCCGGGCAGGGCAUUUCUAAUGUGCUCAUCGAAGACGCAAAAUCACACGAAAUCUGGAGAAGUGCUUGCGACCGUGGACGUUCCACGGUGUGCAGACGAAAUGCCGAACGGUCCUCCUUGUUCGAAUUCCGAGGAUCGUCAAAGAGCUCGCCCAUUUCUAUUCCGAGAGCGAGAGCUUGGAGCCUGGUUCAAGACUGCAGCGUUGCUAUUUGGGCUCAUGUGGUGGGAAAGUAG